UACCAAUCGCUUUCACACAAUACAACACAACACAACACAACACAACAACAUGAAGUCUUGUUCUUUCACUCUUUUCACCUUUAUUGCCAUUAUCUUUCUUGGGUGUUUAAGUUCCACUGGAGCUGCCACAUGCCAUCCUGACGACGAGGCGGGUCUUUUAGCUUUCAAAGCAAGUAUAACCCGAGAUCCUACGGGUUUUCUCAGCUCAUGGAAGAAAGGUACUUCUUGCUGUGCCUGGAACGGUAUCGAAUGUGGCAAGAGUGAGCGCGUUGUCGUCCUCAAUAUCUUCCGAACAUCCGGUCAUUACAAAGACUACCUCUCAGGCACUAUCUCCCCGUCCCUGGCCAAACUCCAGCACCUCGAGUCGAUAUACUUCAUCUUUCAACGAAAGCUCACCGGUUCUUUCCCUCAAUUCAUCUUCAAAUUACCACAUUUACGUGCAUUUUAUUUGGUAAAUACUGGUCUCUCCGGUCCUCUUCCUGCCAACAUCGGUACGCUACGCCAACUCGAAACGUUAAAUCUUGAGGGAAACUACUUCACCGGUCCCAUCCCCCGUUCCAUAUCUAAUAUGACUCAGUUAAAUGCGGUAAAGCUUCGUGGCAACCGCUUCUCUGGAACCAUCCCAAAUAUUUUCAAAUCCAUGACGAGCCUCCAAAUUCUUGAUCUCUCCCGCAACAGAUUAUCGGGGAAACUUCCUUCGUCCAUUGCAACCCUCGCACCGACUCUCAGACACCUCAUACUGAACGAGAACAAUCUAUCCGGAACGAUCCCAAAUGAUUUAUCGAAGUUGAAGGCCCUCAACGCUUUGGAUCUCUCAAGAAAUCGGUUCUCUGGGGUUGUGCCAAUGAGUUUUGCCAAUCUGACGGCACUUACCUCCAUCUAUCUCUCUCAUAAUCUUUUAACCGAUCCAUUCCCUGUGUUAAAUAAUAUUAUAGGUGGCAUGGACACUCUCGAUCUAUCAUACAACAAAUUUCACCUAAAAACAAUUCCAGAAUGGAUGACAUUGUCGACGUACAAAAAUGCAUUGAAGCUGGCAAAAUGCGGGAUCAAGAUGAGCUUUGAAGACUUAAAGCCGGUACAACUCAACGGAUAUGCAUACAUUGACCUAUCGGAAAACGAAAUCUCAGGAAGCCCUGCAUCGUUCUUGAACCAAAAGGAUGACCUUUUGCUAGAGUUCCGUGCUUCGGGGAAUAAACUCCGAUUCGACAUGGGGAAGCUGAAUUUUAACAAGGCACUAAAAGUCUUGGAUCUGUCAAGGAACUUGAUUUUUGGGGAAGUUCCCAAGUCGGUUGUUGGACUAAAGAAACUGAACCUUAGUCAGAACCAUCUAUGCGGAAAGCUUCCUACUACAAAGUUUCCCGCAAGCGCUUUUGCCGGCAACGACUGUCUUUGCGGCUCUCCACUUCCUCCUUGCAAAUCUAAGGCAAUAUAGAGUAACUACAAGUUUGUAUCCUGCUUUACCUUGACACGACAAUUCAAAUAAAACCUAAGUAUCUCUUAAGAUCCGAAAGCUCUAGAAUGAAAAUAGUUUUUCAAACCCUUAACGCAAUAUGUUCCAUACACUUGAAAUAUAACAAAAGGAAACAAAAUACUCUGUGAAAUAAUUAAGAAACAAAGAACUGAUCACUAUGCAUUAUAAAAAUUUAACUUCUGCAUUAGCGUUCCAAAUAAUAUUUCUUCAUAUUCAUCGACCACAUGACCUAUGUAUCUACAAAACUAAAUGACCAUGGCAUGUUUCUUGCACCAUAAUUUACACCAGGGAUGAUCUCAAAUAUUUUUAUGUAUGCAUCAU